AUGGAAGGGAACUUGGCGGCUUUCGUUGGGGCUAGGAUAUACGCUUCGAUGGAAGGCGUCGAUGCCGUGUUACAUUUUGGUGUUGAGGGGAAGUUGGCAUUGUUGGGAGUUGAAAGUGAGGCAAAGAGGAGAAGAGAUGAGGCAGAGAGGAGAAGAGAAGAAAACAAGAGGUUGGUGACUUUGGGGGAUGGGGACUUUUAUAUUGAAAGGAGGAGGUGUGGAAGUGAGCUUGGAGAAAACACCAUCUGUGUGUGGUGGUGA